AUGAAUCCUAGCAGCAACCAGCUGACGUUGCCCUUCCGCAAGUCGACACACAUCUCCCUCUCCACUGCCCUUCGGCAGUACAUCUCCAAGAAAUAUGACCAACACCCGGAUAUGUUUCGCCAUGACCUCGAGGUGAUCGACGCACUCCGCCGUGAUGCAGUCAACGUGCGCGAGGCCCAUCCUAGUGGUAUCAAGAAGCUGCAGGCAUACGCGGGCCAGUUGAUGUGGGUGUCCGGAAAAUUCCCGAUAGAUAUUGGCGCAGACUUUACCUGGUAUCCGGCACUAGGAUACAACACCGAGCGGCCGUUAGUACAGAACAAUCUCAAGUACGAACUUCUCAAUAUACUAUUCAACCUGGCCGUCCUCUACAGCCAGCUUGGGUUGGCAUCAAAUCGCGGAUCUCCCGAUGGUCUCAAGACCGCAGCGAACUACUUCAACCAGGCAGCCGGCGUCUUAAGCCACAUGAAGACGGCAGUGCUGCCAGAGCUGCGCAUGCCUACACCGCCGGAAGACUUGGACGAAUCGACACUAGAGUCUCUGAUGCAACUACAAUUGGCACAGAGCCAGGAGUGUUUCUGGCAAAAGGCCGUUCUGGACAAAUACAAGGAUGCGAGCAUCUCCAAGGUAGCCGCUAGGGUUAGUGACCUCUACAACCUUGCGGGCGAGGCAGCGAUGAAAAGCGAGGCUAUCAGCAGUAGCUGGAUCCACCACAUGAGUGCGAAGCACCAUCAUUUUGCUGCGGCGGCGCAGUUCCGGGCAGCAUGUGACUGCCUUGAGAAGCGCAAAUACGGGGAGGAAGUAGCGCGGUUGAAAGACGCCGUGACGUGUGUGGACGAGGGUCUGAAGGAAAGUAGAGGCGGUUACCUCAGCAAAGCCGUCCUGGAUGACUUGAAUGGGCUAAAGAAGAGACUAGAGGACGAUCUCCAGAGGGCAGAAAGAGAUAAUGAUAUGAUCUAUCUGAAUCCCGUUCCCGCUAAGUCGGAACUCAAAAUUCUCGAGCGCGCAAAUAUGGCUGUGGCCCGUAUCCCGCCGCAGUUAGCCAAUCCUGGCGAUUAUCUCGGUGACCAUGCAGAAUUUGGCCCGCCACUCUUUCACAAACUUGUACCUUACUCGGUACACGUGGCCGUGUCGAUCUACGAGGAGCGUCGUGACCGCCUUGUGAAUCAAAACAUCAUCCAAGAGCUUGAAGUACUUACCGAGCGGUUGCACGAAAUACUAUCCAGCCUCAACCUUCCUGGAUCGCUACAGGCACUGGAAAAGCCGCUCGGCCUCCCUGGCAGCCUGGUUCAACACGCUGAAGAGAUCCGCCAAGGUGAUGCGCUGAGCCGAAUUCAGCGGUCUUUCGCAGAUAUUGAUAAGCUGCGGACGGCAGACUGUGCGAUUUUUGACGAAGGCAAGGCACUGCUUGCCGCUGAGGAAGAAGAGGAUAACAAACUUCGAAUGAAAUACGGCACGGAACGGUGGAAUCGCCCCAACGGCAGAUCUGAUCCCCACGGUGUCAAGCUGUGGGGACAGGCAAACGAGAUCGAGGGCUACUUCGCAUCUUCUAUUUCUAGCGAUGGCGUUGUGCGUGAUAAAUACAACGCGGUGGAAUCUACCUUGACCAUUCUUGCAGGUCCUGACCGCGGCAUCAUGGAUUUUGUUCCGAGCAGCCGCAAGACAGAGAUCCCGGAGGCUGUGAAACCAGCCUUGGGAAGGCUGCGUGGGGUGUACAACGAUGUGCUGCGGCUAGAAUCACGCCGACGCAAACGCGUGGAGAUCUUACGAGAAAAGGCUCGAGCAGACGAUAUCAAACCUGACAUUCUCAAAGAGGCGGCACGUCUGGAACGAGCAUAUCCAAAUACGCCCAUAGUGGCAGCGCAUUUUGAAGAUUUUUUUGAGAAGCGACUCGAUGCUACUUACGAACCUGAUCUAGAACUGAUCGAUAAAGAGACCGCUGAGCAGGAAAAGUUAUUGGCGGACAUCACUCGGGUCAACCGCGAGUUCGAGGCGCAGAAGAAGACCGCAGGUGACCGAGGGACAAGAGAGCGCGAGGCAGCGCUACAGAAGCUUGAUAAUGCUUAUUAUAAAUAUAAGGAGAUCGUAAACAACGUAGAGGUAGGGCGUAAAUUCUACAACGAUCUAAGUCGAAUCGUCGGUCAGUUCCGGGACCAGUGCCGGAAUUGGGUCACCGAGAGGCGGAAGGAUGCAAGAGCAUUUGAGGAGUGA